AUGAAAAACAAUCCAACGAAUCACAGUCUGACGAAUCGCGGACCGAGGGAGCACAGCCUGACAAAUCUCAGACCCAAGGAAGGACAGGCCGAUGAAUUGCAGGCCGACAAAGCAAUCGAGCGCGAGAGGGCGAACGGAAACAAGAUCCGGAGCGUCUACAUCUCUGAGGCGUCAAACGGCAAUCAGGGUCUCAUCGAUGGCAGGCGCAGUGAGAUGGACGACCUACUGGUCUUUUCUCUCUUGAGUCUUGACAGACCCGUCACUCGCACCACUCGUUUUAGGACUCAUGAUCAAGCUGGUCUCUUCUUCCGCGUCAUCACGACAUUCGUCCUCGACAGCUACAAGACGCUCAACCCCGACUCACUGGGCAGCCAGACCGUCGUGUGGCUUAGCCAUACCGUCGUCCUCCUCAGCCAGAUCUCACACCAGCUCGCGAAGACGCAUAACGGCCAGCAGUGACGGACGCACUGCCUCCGCCCGCUGCGUUCUCGCCUCCGCCUCCGCCUCCGCCUUCAACUCUCCUCUGCAACGCACUUUGGUUCGCCAGCCGCGGGCACAGCUUGUCGGGCGCGCUGGUCGCGACACUCGUCGAGCAGUGGGCGCAGGAACACCAACACCAGACUAUGUACCGUGUUCUCGUCGCCCUCUGUCCGUAUGUGUGUGUGUGUACUAGAUGCAUCUCUGCUACGGCGCACAACGCCUCAGUAUGCGUGCCGUCAUCGGUGUUCCCCCGCCUCUCCUGCACGGGGGUCCGCUGGCCUUGCUCGUGCCACGUCAUCAUCAUGGGCAUCUCUUCGCUCCUGCUCCUGUUCGUCUCCGUCUACAGGUGUCCGCCCUCCCGCUGUUCUUCUUCGACUGUCCGCACCACCCGCCGCUCACCCGGAUCCUCGGGUCGCUCGUGACGAACCACGGGGCCUGUGCCGCGCCUUCUGCACCUGCCGACACCCGUCCGGAGUCCCAGAGCACGGCCAACGCAGAAGCCCUGCAUCCCACUGCCAAAACGGAGACCCGGGCACUCGCGUGGACCGUCCGGUCUCUCUCCGACGAUGCCGAGUUUGAUGACGAGGGGCUGGCUCUGACGCUGUGGGAUUUCGAUCAAAACAAGCCUCGCGGCGUGUAUCAGGCACUGUUCGAGUUCCUGUUGCGGGUGCGGAAGUCCAUCUUGGCCAGCGUCUUGCCGAUUUCAUGGCUGCUGGCUCCGACAGCAAUCUGCUCGAGCCCAAGGACUGCCUUUGCCUUUGCCACCAGCUCUCGGUCCUCCAGGCCGUCUGGGCCAUCCGCCUGCGCGUUCGCCCUUCGCACGGGGUCGCCUCUACAAAGUCCGAUUUGGCGAAGCUCAAGUGGACAACGCGCUGUCGGCUCGAACUUUCUGAUUCUUCCGACGUGCAGAGUAUGGUCCCCAACAUGUCUGCCGGGCCUGAUCCAGCUGGACAUGAUCGAGUCUCAGAGCCCCCGUAUAGCCAAGCGACUCGAACGGUGACAUCUGUGCUGAAGCGGAGAACGGACGGCAAGCAGACGCGCAUCGAACGACUUGGAAACCGGAGUGCGUUGCAGACAAGGGAGGAGAUUGGGGUGUCCUGAGGGAGUGCUGUUGUUCAUGUUGGCGAGCUGGUGCGAGAUCUGGCUGAGGAGGACAACGAUCUGGAUCCCUGAGUUGGGGUUGAGCGUCUUAUAGCUGUCGAUGAUGAAUGUUGUAACAACACAAGAGAAGAGUUCAGCCUGAUGAGUCA